AUGAAGACUACAACGCUCGUCGCGGCCGCUACCCUGGCCACCGUGGUCGCCGCCAACCCCAUCGCAUGGACCAAAACCAGCCCUCGUGGCGAGCUCGCCGCUCGCAUGGCUGAGAACGCUCACAUCGCCUCGCGCUCCAUCUCCAACGAUGCUGCCGCCUUCUCCAAGAAGAAGUACGACUACAUCAUCGUCGGUGCCGGUACCGCUGGUCUCGCCCUCGCCGCUCGUCUCUCUGAGAACGGCAAGUACAGCGUCGGUGUCCUCGAGGCCGGUGGAAACGGUUUCGGCGUCGGCAUCAUCGACACCCCUGGUCAGUUCGGCGCUGACCUCGGCACAAUCUUUGAUUGGAACUACACGACUACGGCCCAGAGCAACGGCGUCCCCGCCGUCGGCUGGCCCCGUGGUAAGGUGCUCGGUGGUUCGUCGGCGCUCAACUUUUACGUCUGGGACCGAUCGUCGCGCUACGAGAUUGACGCCUGGGAGCAGCUCGGAAACCCGGGAUGGAACUGGAACAACCUGUACGGUGCCAUGAAGAAGUCGGAAAAGUUCCACGCUCCCUCCCAGCAGAACGCCGACCUGCUCGGCAUCAAGCCCGUCGCCUCGGACUACGGCUCCUCCGGCCCCAUCCAGCUCGCUUUCCCCAACUACAUCUCGCAGCAGGUUCGCCGAUGGAUUCCCGCUCUCCAGGCGCUUGGCAUCCCCAAGAAUGAUCAGCCCCUGGCUGGUGAGAACGUCGGUGUCUCGCAGCAGCCUUCGGACAUCAACCCCUCCAACUACACGCGCUCCUACUCGGCGCCCGCCUACCUCUUCCCCAAUCAGGCGCGCUCCAACCUCGACGUGCUCACCAACGCGCUCGUCUCCAAGGUCAACUUUGCCAACGUCAGCGGCGGUCUUUGCGCCAACGGCGUCUCGUUCACUAGCAACGGCCAGACCUACACUGUCCAGGCCAAGAAGGAGGUCAUCCUCUCUGGUGGUACCGUCAACACCCCUCAGCUGCUCGAGCUUUCGGGUAUCGGCAGCAAGAGCGUUCUGGGCAAGGCGGGCGUCAAGGUGCUCUACGAGAACUCCAACGUCGGUGAGAACAUGCAGGACCACACCUACUCUGCUACCGUCUACAAGCUCAAGCCUGGCUUCCCUACGCUCGACUCGCUGCGCUCCAACCAGACCUUUGCCGCUGAGCAGGCCGCUGCGUACAAGGCCAACCAGACCUCGAUCCUCACCGAGACCGUGCCCUCGAUCUCGUACGUCUCGCUUGCGCGUGUCGUCGGCAAGGCGCGUGCGCAGCAGAUGAUCAACGAGGUUUCGCAGUACGUCUCGUCGUCCAAUGCUCCGUACAAGGCGACGCUCAAGAAGCAGCUCGAGUUCCUCACCUCGUACCCGGACAAGGUGGGCCAGAUGGAGCUGAUCGGCAUUGAUGGCUACUUCGCCGGUACGGGUGCACCCAAGCCGGACGAGACCUACUUUACCAUCCUCGCUGCCAACCAGCAUCUCUUCUCUCGUGGUAACAUCCACAUCACCUCGAGCGAUGCUACCAAGUACCCCAACAUUGCGGCCAACUACUUUGACGUUCCCUUCGAUCUCAAGAUUGCCACCGCCGGGACAGAGUACACGAGACGCAUUGGACUGGGCAAGGUGUACAGCGACAUGGUCGACUCCGAGUACUGGCCUGGCAACGUCGACAUUGAGACGUACACCAAGACCACGUCGGUGACUGAGUACCACCCUAUUGGAACCGCGUCGAUGCUGCCCCGCAACCAGGGCGGUGUGGUCGACUCGAGCCUGCGCGUGUACGGUACCAGGAACCUGCGUGUGGUCGACGCCUCCAUCAUGCCCCUUCACAUCGCCGCCCACAUCCAGGCCACCAUCUAUGGUGUCGCCGAGUUCGCCGCCGACAUCAUCAAGCGCCAGGCUUAA